UAUCGUCCUGGCUAACUGCUGCUAGCUUGUUGCUCAUGAAGUGAACAGUCUGAGCGCAGCCUCUUCAGACCGGGACGCUGAGCCCCGGACUGCAGGCAGAGACCCGGACUCUCUGUGAGAACCUUCAGCCCUGUGUUGAGUCAUUGUCGGGCUCUGAGGCGGAUCUCUGGGACUAUCUUUGGGACUAUCUCUGGGACUAUCUCUGGGACUAUCUCUGUGGAUUAUUGAAACCUUUCAGCCUCUGGAGGCUCGAGAUGAACCCUCCGUGUGCCCGCUGCGGGAAGAUCGUCUACCCCACCGAGAAAGUCAGCUGCCUGGACAAGAACUGGCAUAAAGGAUGUUUUCACUGCGAGGUUUGCAAGAUGACCCUGAACAUGAAGAACUACAAAGGCUACGACAAGAAACCCUACUGCAACGCACAUUACCCCAAGACAUCGUUCACCAUCGUGGCUGACACACCAGAGAACCUGAGACUGAGACAGCAGAGCGAGCUACAAAGCCAGGUCAAGUACAAGAAGGACUUUGAGGAGAGUAAAGGUCGAGGUUUCCGCAUCGUGUCCGACACGCCAGAGGAGUGCAGGACUCAGAAAGACCCAGGAGCAGAUCAGUAUCGACAGAAGUGUAGCAAACGUCAGGUGUAG